AUGCCAUUCUUCUCCAGUUAUCUCAAAGCACAUACAACACCUGGGCCACUUGAGCGAAUGCAAAGCGAGAAUCAGAAGAAGAAGGCAGAUCUCGGCGUUAUGCUUGGUGUGUAUUUACCAACGAUUCAACAUAUUCUGGGUGUCACAAUGUUCAUUCGUUUGUUUUGGGUGGUUGGAAUCGCUGGACUCGGCCAGACAUUUGUUCUUCUGUUCCUCUGUUGUCUAUGUACAUUCUUGACGUGCAUCUCGAUUUCUGCGGUAGCUACGAACGGUGUUGUCGAAAGCGGUGGAGCAUAUUUCAUGAUAUCAAGGAAUCUUGGGCCUGAGUUCGGCUCUGCUGUAGGCUUACUGUUCUAUUUGGCAAACACCGUUGCAGCUUCAAUGUAUCUCGUAGGAGGCGUAGAAAUCCUUCUCUUGUACAUAUUUCCUGGCUUGACUAUUGGUGGCCCAGAGGUACACUCUCAGACAGGCGCUUUUGGAAUGAUGACAAACAAUCUUCGUUUCUAUUCCACAUUACUUCUUUUGCUAGAAUUUAUUAUUGUUGCCAUGGGAGUGAAGUUUGUCCAGAUGCUCGCCCCGGUUUCUUUACUUUGUGUGAUUCUGUCAAUUCUGGCUUGCUAUGCAGGUGGUAUCGAAAAGACUGUAAACCCUGAUGCUGGUCUAAGGGUAUGUAUGUAUGGAGAUCAUCUUCUACAGUCGAAAUUCGUCAUACCAAGAGACAACGGCUCUAUUUAUGACAUUAACACCUUUGUGGUGGAGAACCUUUGUCCGCGAGGGAACUGUUCAGCUGACGUGCUAUCUACUCCUUUAGCGUGUAUCAAUGGGUUUCCUGGUUUUAAGAGUUAUAUUUUACGCAAAAUCUUCUUAUUUUGGUCACAGUAUGUCGAUAAAUUCUACACCACAGUUGACGAUAAGGCCGAUUUUAAGCGCGACGUUUUCCAGGAUGUGAGAACCUCGUUUUGGGUUCUUCUUGCUAUUUACUUUCCAGCCGUCACCGGAAUUUUCACUGGUGCUAACAUGAGUGGGGAUUUGAAGAACCCUCAAACGUCAAUUCCUAAAGGAACAAUAGCUGCGACAUUGACUACAUCGUUCAUUUACUUUUCCUUGGCUUUUGUCUUUGGAGCUACUAUAGAUGGCUGUGUGUUGAGGGAUAAGAAUGGACAGUCAAUGGGUGGUUCUAUGGUGGUUGCAGCUUUAUCAUGGCCUAGCGCCUGGGUUCUCCUCAUCGGUUCAUUCCUAUCAACGUUCGGAGCAGCUCUUCAGUGCCUUUGUUCAGCUCCUCGUUUGCUUCAAAGUAUUGCUAAGGAUGAUGUUAUUCCUAUCCUCAACCCGUUUAAAAAGGUCACGAAGAAUAAUGAACCUUUUAUGGGUCUAAUCGUCACGACUAUAAUAGCAGAGCUAGCUAUCCUGUUGGGUGCUAUGGACAGCAUUGCAGCUGUCGUCGAUUUCUUCUUCUUGAUGUGCUAUGCUUUCGUUAACAUCAUCUGCACUCUACACUCACUUCUUGGUGCACCUAACUGGCGUCCUCGUUUCACAUAUUAUCAUUGGUCGUUGUCACUUCUUGGUGCAGCAUUAUGCUUCUUCAUUAUGUUUUCAACUCAUUGGGACUACGCUCUUGUAUCUAUAUUCCUCUGUCUUAUUAUCUACAAAUAUGUGGAGUGGAAAGGUGCUAAAAAGGAAUGGGGUGAUGGUAUCCGUGGAUUAGCACUUACAACUGCUCAAUAUUCGUUAAUGAAAAUCGAAGACAAAGAACCUCAUCCGAAAAACUGGCGUCCACAACUUUUGUUGAUUCUUUCAAUGCCAUGGAGUAAGGAACUGCUUGAUGUUCGCUAUCUUAAUCUUCUUAACCUUGCAUCACAACUUAAAGCUGGAAGGGGACUCACAGUUGUCACAUCAUUCAUAAGAGGAAGUGUCACCAGUCUCGAUGACAGAAAACGAGCACAGCAGAUUAAAUCGCGAAUGGACUUUGAUAUGAAUCAGGUUCGAUUGCGUGGUUUCGCAAAGACACUUGUACACGAAGAAGACCAGAUUACUGGGUCGAUGUCAACACUUAUCCAGUCGGUUGGUCUGGGUGGUCUCAAGCCAAAUACAAUGCUGAUCUCAUGGCCAGUUCACGAGCGUGGGUCGUCCGAGAGCAGUGACUCGGAAUAUAACACAUUCACCGAUAAACUGCACGUAGCAUGCGCUAUGGAUAUGUGCUUGCUAGUUGCAAAAGGAAUAACUGAUUUCCCAUCAAGCGUUUUCAAGAUGUCUGGAUUCAUGGAUGUGUACUGGAUUGUUCAAGAUGGUGGCCUUUGCCUUCUGAUGGCAUAUCUCCUUAAACAGCACAAGGUUUGGCGAGGGUGCAAAUUGCGAAUCAUUGCCAUCGCACAAGAAAGUGACAACAAUCUUAAGAUGCAGUCAGAGUUGCAGCAAUACGUCUAUCAGCUCAGAAUCGAUGCAAAAAUAUUGAUAGUUGAACUAGCUGAUCCAGAAAUAUCGAAAAACGCUUUCGAGCGCACGCUUCUCAUGGAAGAACGUACCAUGUUAAAUAAACAAAUGCAAGAGUCCAGGAGCGGAAACAACCCGUUAUCGUUUUCUCAAUCACCAGAGGACGACUCCGCAUCCGACGAGGUUAAAAAGGAGAAAACAAUGAAAGAGAAACUUCUGGCUCUUGAUCGAACGAAGGUACAUAAAAUGCAUACUGCUGUUCGACUGAAUGAGUUAAUCAUUGAACACUCGAUUAACAGUCAACUUGUUCUUCUUAAUCUACCCAAACCUCCACGAGGAAAAGACGGACUUGAUGACUACAUCCACUAUUUGGAAGUUCUAUCGGAUAAGAUCAACCGCGUGAUAUUUGUACGUGGCACCGGAAACGAGGUUAUCACCACCGACUCGUAG